ACGGGAAUAUUAAUUAAAUUCGAAGUUAUGCAAAUAUUUUGGAUUCUGGUGCUUUUCUUCCUGCAAGUAGAUGCAGACAUUACUCUAUCGACGGAAAAUAGCGUCAAGAAGAGUGCUCACUGUGAGAUGAAUCGCGAUGAUGACGAUGAGCGGUGUGGUGCCAUAUGCUAUCCGAUUGUGAAGCCGCUACUCCGGUACGCUGCCUUAUGCCAGGGGAAGGAUGCAACGAUUAACGACCUUAAGGACAAUAUUAGAGAGAAAGAUGUGUACAUCGCGCAAUUGAAAAGCAAGAUUGAGCUAACCAAUUCAAUGGAAAUUCAGCUGAAGGACAAGGAGACUAUAUUGCAUCUGAAGGCAAACGAAAUUGUGAAAAUGGAGAAAGAUAUUGGAGAUCGGGAGGCAGAAAUCCAUGACAAGAAAGACCAGAUCUCAAUCAGAUUCAAUCUAGAGAGACUUUAAUGCAAUCAAAGGAUAAAUUAAUCAGAGAACUGGAGAAUCAAGUGAAUUCCCUUAAACGAACACAGGGAAAGCUGGUAGACAUAUCGGAGGCUAGCAGUUGUCUUCCAUUCACCGAUGCCACUGAUAUCCUUACCAUAGGGUUGCCCGGAAUAGGCCCAUUCCUUGUGCCCUGUAAUUCCAGUGUUUCCGGAUCUGGCUUGACUGUCAUCCAUCCGAUUACAAACUAGGGUUCGGAAACCUGCGGGAGAACUUCUUCCUGGGACUUGAAAAAAUCCAUCUAAUGACCCUGUCGCAAUCGCACGAAUUGUACGUUCAACUUGGAAAUGUUAAUGGUGGAACCAGAUAUGCUCGCUACGACGAUUUUAAAAUAGGAAGCGAAGAAGAGGGCUAUAAGCUGAAAUCAUUGGAAAAAUAUUCAGGAGCAGCCGGAGAUUCACUAACUGAAUAUAAUCUAAACAUGAAGUUUUCUACAUGGGACCAUAAUAAUGGCACGGUUUGCCCAAAAUAUUAUGGAGGUGGUUGGUGGUUUGGUCAUUGUGGAAUAAGGUACACAUAUUUUAUGCCGAAGUAACUUUAGUAAUUAUUACGUAUUUAUAAUAUCAGUUUUCUUGUUAUUUCAAUAAUCUCAAUGGAAAAUAUUAUAAAAAUGGUCAAAGGGAAUACGUUGACUGUAUUCGAUGGGAUUCUUGGCACUAUGAUGUCUACAGGAUCUCACUAACAUUUUCUCAAUUGAUGAUAAGGCCAAAAACAUAGAAACUUGACUCGAAUUCAAGCUCUGUUCAAAACCAUACUAAAAAUAUCUGAAACACCAAUAAAGUUCUAAAUCUUAAGGGAAAUAAUCCUUCUGAAUCACGCACUAGGAAUUUGAAGAAAUUGAACUAAAAUUUCAGCUAUUCCUAGCUGUAGAUGUAUCUGUUUCUUAAACUUCAUUCUGAUAUGUAUCUGAAAGUGUAUCUGUAUCGUUAUCUAGAUAGAUUUAUCUCGCUCUGUAUCUUUAUUUUUAUGCGUAGAUUAAAUUCUAAGCUUGUGUUCUUUUUAAAAAGAGCCAACGGUUUAAAAGAUAUAUGCAAAAAUAUGACCUGACGUUAUGUUACCAAAAGAGGUUUGAGGUUGCAGUACAAAAUUUUUAACUUCUGUGAACCGGGUAGAGCUAUCUGUAUAAGUAUUGAGCGUUCCAAGGUAUUACAUUUAAUAAAAUUUCCUGUUUUUUGUUAUAAAUUUUCG